UUUGCCUGUGAUACUGAGUGGAGAAUGAAUGGUCAUGUAAAGAGCAUGCAUUUUCAACAGUUUAUGGAACCAGCAACAACAUUACUCUCUCUCCUGCUGGUUAUGGCUGUUGAUUCAACAAGAACUGUGGCAGCGAGCAGAAACCAGCAGUGUGGGAAUUCUCUGCAGCAGACUUUGAAGCUCACCAGACUCAUACAGAAGGAAUCCGUUGACCUAAUCAAAACAUAUAAAGCCUCUCAGGGAGAAAUGUCAGAGCUCUUCUGCAAGGUGUCAGUCCCCGACGUCCCUGAUCCCAACAUCUCCGGCAUGGAGCCCUCGGAGAGGAUAGUGAGCAUCUACACACAUCUGCAAGACUUCUUCCCACAUUUCAAACGGGUGUACGAGCAGCAGACGGACUUACAGUCACCCACCAGCCCACUGCUGACCCAGCUUAGCCGUGUGACAGCUCGCAGCAGGAACCUGGCUGCCCUCAUAAACAGCUUCUAUCAGAGCCUCUUCCCAAACCUGCCUUUACCAGAGCCAGUUGGACGGCCGACGACGCUACCUCCACCUCAGAACGUCUUCCAGCAGAAGGUCUAUGGCUGCGUGGUCCUGAAGACCUACAAGGAGCUGGUGUCGAAUGUUUCUCGGGAACUGAGGACUCUGAAAAGCAAAGUGUGCAGACGGAUACAGAUCAACACACUCUUCUGAGGAUGACCUAAGGCUGGCCUUAGACAGUUAGUGUUCAACAACACUUGUACUCACUGGGUUGAUAAAGACUUUUCAAGAUGUGUGAGUAUGAAGGUGGCGGGUACAUCGGUGUAAAAAAGCCUAUUUAUGGUAUUUAAUAUUUAUUUUGUUGUUUCUGAAAAGAGGAAUGCUGUUGAAAGAGUGUGAAGGUGUCUCCAUGCGAGUUAUGUAUAUUUAAUUUGUCUAAUAUGUUAUGUAAGGUUCUACUUUGCUGAUGUAAACUUAUUUGCUGUAUGCAGAAUUAUUAAAAGAUACUUUGCAGCUG